AUGGUUGGAUUUGCAUUGCUGGGCGCCGGCAUUUUCGCCAAAGAGAGACAUCUCCCCGCCCUUGAAGCCGCCGAGGACGUGCAGCUUCUAGCAAUCUACUCGCGCUCCAAGGCGUCCGCAGAGGGGCUAGCAAGCGAGGCCAAGUCCAACCCGGACAUCUACUACGACUCCCCGGCGGUCCCGGGCAAGUCGCUGGCGGACCUCCUGGCGCGGGCGGACGUCGCGGCCGUCGUGGUCUGCCUGCCGAUCCUCAAGCAGCCCGAGACGAUCCGGCAGGCCCUGACGGCGGGGAAGCACGUGCUGAGCGAGAAGCCCGUGGGCAAGGACCUCGCGACGGCGAGGUCGCUGAUCGCAUGGCACGCCGCCCUGCCGGACGCGCCCCUCUGGGCCGUCGCCGAGAACUUCCGCUUCAUGAAGCCCCUGCACUACGCCGCUGACAAGGUCAAGGAGGUGGGCGGGAAGCUGGUCACUUUCCACCUGAAGAUGAAUGGUUUCGUCCGUGAGACGGAUAAGUAUUUCAACACCGAGUGGCGGAAGGUCCCCGAGUAUCAGGGCGGCUUCCUCCUCGACGGAGGCGUCCACUUCGUGGCAGCCCUGCGAUUCCUCCUCGGGGCCGCAGGUGACGAGGUCAAGCAGCUGACCUGCUUCUCCUCUCUAUUGGAGGAGAAGCUACUCCCGGUCGACACGGUCCACGCCGUCCUGGCCACCCGUGGCGGCGCCAACGGCACACUGGGCAUCUCGUUCGGGACCGAGUUCAAGUCGGGGCUCGAGGUCGAGAUCGUCACCACCAAGGGCGCCGUCACCUGGACCCCGACCGAGGUGAAGGUGGUCCGGAAGGCCGACGGCGGAGACAAGGCGGAGGAGAAGGAGUCGUUCGGCCAUGAUUCGGGUGGUGUCGACGAGGAGGAUGCGGUCUUCGCCAGGAGCAUUGCCGCCGGUGCCGUGGACCCGCUUCAGACCCCGGAGGAGGCUGUCAAGGACCUCGAGAUCUUGCAGGCUCUCCUUGAGUCUGGGGAGGCUGGUGCGGGGGUGAAGACGUUGGGCUAA